GGAAGCCUGGGUGUUAUUCCCGCCCCCUUCCCUCGAGACUGGCUCUGUGGCCUGGGAGUGGAGCCAUGACGGCGCGCGGCACCCCGAGCCGCUUCCUGACCAGCGUCCUCCACAACGGGCUGGGUCGCUACGUGCAGCAGCUUCAGCGUCUCAGCUUCAGCCUCAGCCGCGACGCGCCCUCGUCCCGCGGCGCCAGGGAGUUCGUAGAACAGGAGCUGGCCGACUUCGCCCGACGGAACCCAGGGGUCGUAAUAUACGUGAACCCGCGGCCGUGCUCUGUGCCCAGAAUCGUGGCCGAAUACCUUAACGGGGCUGUGCGCGAGGAGAGCAUCAACUGCAAGUCGGUCGAGGAGAUCACGACGCUGGUGCAGAAGUUAGCAAACCAGUCGGGUUUGGACGUAAUCCGCAUCCGCAAGCCCUUCCACACGGACAGCCCUAGCAUCCAGGGCCAGUGGCACCCCUUCACCAACAAACCGACAACGUGGGGCGGGCUGCGCCCCCGAGAGGUCCAGGAUCCUGCCCCAGCCCAGGUGCAAGCGCAGUGAAGAGUUGCCCCAACUCAAUCCCAGUGAAGAUAGUUGUUCCUCUUUUGGUUCAGGGGAUUACAAGAUCAGGCAGACAGGUGGAGCCCACGAAAGGGGAAGUUGAUGCCAAACCUUUUGCUUGGGAUAAAAAAGAGCUGCCUAUUUCUUUUUGGUGCCCACUGUAGGGGCAGUGACUUUGUGUCUCUUAAUUCUUAUCCAUUUGACAUUACUGAAACCUGAGAGUCUUCUAGGAUCUUACCGGAUCCUCCUUUCUGAAAUCCAAAUUGAUAAUGCUGAUCUCAAAUCACUGUGAGGGAUUUCAAGGCUGGCUUCUGGAGAAUCCCUGAUGUCCUGUUCCUGCAAUCACUGACCUAAGGAGAGCUAGCACCUUCUCUGCUGUGAACUUGACAUUGGGCAAGGCUGUGUGAAUGUGUACAAACUAGAAAACUGAGAUUAAUAAACUCGCCAUGGUCUUGAGGUCUUCAAAA